UUAUACAUAUGGAGUAGGUAGGUAGGUAGGACUAAACGUUGAAACAAUUCUUCUCAUUUUUUUUUCUUUCCACUCGCUGCUUUUUAAAUAACCGAUGAAACUUGUAACUAAAGGCCCAUUUUGUGCUGAGAAAAAAGUUCACGAUAUUUUUCUAGCUUCUCACAUUAACCCCUGCGUUUUAACCUCCCUCUAGCUACUUAUAGUUAUAGCUCGUUCCGAACGAGAAAAAAAAAAAAGGGAAAAAAAAAACCCUCAAAUCCAAAUGGACUGGUUUAACCAUAACCACAUGCCCGUUGAGGGCCGGACCAUUCUCCUAACCGGAGGUUCAGAAGGCACCGGCUUCAGCGCAGCGCGCAUCUUCUCGAGCAAAGGGGCCAACGUCAUCAUCGUCUCGAGAAACCCGAUAAAGCUCGAGGAGGCCAUAGAGGCGCUCCGGGCCGCGGCAAAGUGUCCCCGGACGCAGCGCUUCCACACCAUCGAGGCGGAUGUCGCCGAGCCCAACUAUGCGGAGGGCGUGGUGGCCGAUGCGACGGCCUGGAACAGAGGGGUGCCGCCCGAGAUUGUGUGGUGUCUGGCUGGCAUUGCGACGCCGAUGCUGUGGACGGAUGACGGGGCGAUGAAGGCUGCGCGGUAUAACAUGGACGUCAACUACUUCGGCUCGGCCGAGCUGUCGCGCGCCAUGAUGCGCGCCUGGCUGCUCGCCGAGCAGGAGAAGAAGCGGUACCUGAUCCCGGACCCGCGGCCGCCCCCCAAGCACAUCAUCUUCACCGGCCCCAUCACCUCGACCCUGGUCGCCACAGCCGGCCACGCCCCCCACGCGCCCUCCCGGUUCGCGCUCCGCGCCCUCGCCGACGCCCUCGCCAUGGAGACGCGCCUGUACCCCGACCUCCCCAUGGCCGUGCACCUCGUGCUGCCGCACCCCGCCGCCGCCGCCGCCGCCAGCUACGACGAGGCGAGGCCGCACAGCACCAUCGCCCCCCCGCAGAUCAAGGGCGCCGAGACGCCGCAGGACCCCGACGACGCCGCGCGCGCGGCCAUCGCGGGGAUCGAGAGGGGCCGCUACUUCGUCGCGACGUCGUGGCUCGGCGAGCUGGUGCGCUGGGGCGCCAUCGGCGGCUCCCCGCGCAACAGCUGGGUCGUCGACACGCUGAUGGGGUGGGUCGUGCCGCUUGUGAUGGCGUUUUGGAUGUGGGACUUGCGUGCGCAGGUCGCGGCGUGGAAUCAGAAGAAGAAGGUGUUAUGAGAUUAGUAAGGCUAUGUACUAGGCAUGCUAUUUUUUUUUUUUUUUUUUUUUUUUAUAUCACAACUGCAACGUCGUUUAGGUUAGGUAGGUACUGUUAGUUAUGUGGGUUUGUAGGUUAGGGUUAUUUGGUUCUUGCCAAGGAGUUGAAUACGAUCGUUUUUUCUUACUUACAUGAUAAGGAGUGGGUGCGGAGGGUGCGGAGGGUGAUAGGGGGAGAACCCGGUCACGUGGGUACCCUGAGCUAACACACACGCU